AUAUAUUGUUACAAUUUUAAUCAAUCAAUUCCAAAUAUUACAAGGACUAGUAGGAAAGACAAAUGGAUUAACAAAUAAAAACAAUAAUUUACACAAUGAGUCUGCCUAUAUUUAGCUUGCUGAUCUUCUAUCUACCAGCCCUUGUGUCAGGAACUUGUGGUGGACACUUAUGGAAUGCAUCCUGGGUAGACAAGCCAAGAACUGAUCUGCAUUGCAUUCUAGGUGUAAAAUGUAGAAAUACAACAACUCCAACAAAGACUGAAAAAUAUGACACAUGUUGUUCAUGUCAUUCAUGUGCAGUAUGGGAAGGAAAUGAGGUUGGGCUAUUUAUAGAAUAUGCAUCUGUGUUAAGCAAAAGCUUGGUCAUGUCUGAUCAAGCUCCUAGUGAUACUGAGGUCUAUAAAAUUGAUCAUCAGGAUGCUGAUAUGACAGAAAUUCCUAGUAAUCUUUGCAACUGGGAUACUGAAUCAAGUCUUCCAGAGAUGUAUUCAGAUGAGUUUGAAAACAUAAAACCCUUUUGGGGAAAAAUUGUAAAGAUAAACUUUGACAAUAACAAAAUCAAGAAACUUCCAAACAUUAAUUGUUUACUUCGUCUUGAUGAGAUGAAUCUUAAAAACAAUCAAUUGCAGCAUAUUUCAAAUACUUCAUUUACAAAUCUCCGGAAUCUGAGAUCAAUAUCAAUGUCUGGAAACCAGAUCACAGAAAUUGAUCCAAAUAUUCUUAUGUCCCAGUCGCUGUCAUACUUAUUUCAUGUUGACUUCAGUAAAAAUGUAAUGUCAAAACUAGAUGUUUCCAACAUGUUCACCUUGUACCCAUUCUGUAAAAUAGACUAUAGUUCAAAUGAAAUUACAGAUUUAGUAAAUGAAGCAGAUUUUAAAUUGGAUAUAGAAAAAUCAUAUGGACCAGGAUAUGUAGGUGUAUCUAAUAAUAAAUUAAGUACCUGGCCAGAUUUUCAAACCCUUUUUCAUUUAGAUGAUAUAACACAACUUGGGCGUUUAAUUAAUUUUGGAUUUGAUUUCCGAGGAAUGAGCCUAGUCUGUGACUGCAAUAUUCAACAAUUUCUUGAGAAAGCAUAUAACAUUAUAAAUGCUUUAUGGCGAAGCUACAUGAAUUUAACAUGCAGUGAACCAGCAAGUCUUGCUGGCCAUCUGGUCUGGGACAUCUAUAAAAAAGAACCUGAAAAGUUUGUUUGUCCAGUUGAAGAUGGUUGUGACCCAAGAUGUACUUGUGUCGAUGAACCAAAAAAGAACACAUCUUUAAUUGACUGUUCAAACUCUGAUCUAAAGCGGUUACCUGAAAUACCUUACUCUCGAUUUUCUUACUUUGUGGCAUUAAAUGUAUCAAACAAUCAAAUAUCAACCAUAGAAAAUGUGUCAUACCUUCAUAGAAUAUCUAUACUGGAUAUUUCUAGAAACAAUCUAAAAGAAAUAAACACUAUUGCAAAUCAUCUUGAGAACGCCACGUAUAUUGACAUAUCCAACAAUCCAAGAUUAAGGCAACUUCCACAAAUGUUCCAGUACCAUAAUGUGUGCUCUCGUCACAUGAAAAACCUUCAAAUAAGCUGUGACUGCCAGUCAAAAUGGAUUGAAAAAUGGGUUCAUUCGAGGUCAUGUAAUGAAUUCCAAAAUAAUUUGUUUCAAUGUGAAAUUCCUAAAAUUGGUAUAAGGAGAGCUCUUGUCUUCAAUCCUGAAGAUCUAGAAUGUUCGCCUGAAGGUUUCCUGUUUUAUUUCGAGAUUAUUAUUGCUGGAGUAAUUCUGAGCCUUGUCUUCAUAGGAAUUCUUGUGUAUACCUUCCGCUAUGAAUUACUUAUUAUUUGCCUAAGAAUGAGACAGAAAAGUAGAAACACUGUUGUUCCUCUCAAUGAAUAUGAUGUUUUCCUUUCCUUUAAUGAUGCAGAUGAUGAUGUUGACAAAUGGGUAAAUUGUAUACUGGAGCCAGAACUUACAAACGCUGGUUACUCUGUCUUUAAACCCAAUCGCGAUGCCACAUUCGGAGCUGAAAGAGACUCAGAAAUAAUUGACAUUCUAUCUAAAACACGCAACUUCCUAACAAUAAUGUCUGAAAGUUAUCUCCAAGAGAGUGAAGAGGGAAUGAGAUCAUGGACCGAGAACGAAUGGAAAUAUGGAUGGAACAAUUUCAAAAAUGACAGAUCAAAGAACAUAGUACUCGUUAACUUUGACCAUUUGUCAUCAUUUGAUGUCAACAAACCACAGAUAAAAGCCUUUCUACGAGUUGGCUGCACUGUUGACUUUAAAAACCAUGACAGAAAAAUCAUGCAGGAAAUCUUUGAAAAGCUUGGACUACCUUACAAAAGUCCCACAACAGUUGACAAAAUUGGAAACAGGGAAUUAACAUCUAACUUAUAUGAAAUCUUUACAGCUGCAAGCACUAAUGACAAACCUUUUCAUAAUACUGCUGAAUUUAAAAUUACCAGAAAUUAAGUUAUAUAAAUUAUAAACAAGGUAGACAAAAGGAAACUUGUAAAUACAGGAAGUGCUGUGCAUGUCACCAUGGCAACACAAAUCUUAAAGACUGAGACUGGGAAAUAUAUUUGCUAGAGGGUUAUCAUAGGGUACUCAGAGAGUAUCAUAGAAGACAUAAUGUGUUAGUAGGCGAAUUUAUAGUUGUAUCCAUGAUUUUAA